AUGGCAGGCAACAAGAAGAAAAAGUCUGGUGCAGCUCGCAAGAAGCAAGCUGCUGCCGCGAGUGCGACUACAACUGGUGCGACAGAGGAGCCGAUUGUUAUUCCCGACGACGAGAUGGAGAGCUCUUCAGAUACGGAUACCGGUCCUGACCAGUUAGAUCUGGCGGCGCAGGCAGAGAUCAUCAAGGAGCGGGGGAACGAUCAGUUUCGAAAGGGUCAAUAUGAGAGCGCGAUCGAGAGCUAUUCAAAGGCUAUUAGUAUGAAUCCCAACGAACCGAGUUACCUAACCAACCGUGCCGCAUCGUAUAUGGCGCUCAAAAAGUUCAGCCAAGCGCUAUCCGACUGCCAAACAGCAGCGUCUCUACAGUCUGCGAAUCCAGUACCCAAGACACUGCUCCGUCUUGCCCGAUUCACCUUGCGCUCGGAGAUGUUCCCGCAUGAUGUGCGAAAGCGGGCAGAGGGGUUGGAAUUGCAUCUCAAGAGAUUCAAGGAUGCCAAGGACAAGAACGAAUGGGGUGCUGCUCGAUUGGCGCUCGAGCAAGCUGUCGAGGCUGUGGAAGGCGACGUGCCCGUUCAAUGGAGGUGCUGGCGAGUCGAGUGCGAAGUCGCACGUGGUAGCUGGACUGGUGCUCAGAAUGCCGUCAGUGACGCCUUGCGGUUGGCGCCGAAUUCGUCAGAAGUUCUCACUCUACGAGGCUUGAUUCUGUUCUUGACGAAUCAAAUACCAAAAGCCAUUCAGCAUGCGCAACAGGCUUUGCGCCUGGACCCGGAUUGUACUCCUGCGCGUCAGCUGCUUCGACGAGCCAAGGAAGUCGAGCGAGUCAAGGAAGAGGGUAACACGUUCUUCAAGGCGGGUCGAUUGGGCGAAGCCGUUGAGAGAUAUGGUGAAGCACUCGAGUUGAAACAACUUGAACCAGCGUUGGAGGAUACCAAUGCAUCUCUUGCGCUGAAUCCUGAUUCGUACAAGGCCCUACGGACGCGCGCGAGGAUCCAUCUUGAAUUGGAACAUUAUGAGGAUGCUGUUCGUGAUUUCAAAGCUGCUCAGGAGUCUGCAGAGAGCGACGGUGCAGCGGGAGGAGAAGUCCGGUCAAUCGCAGAAGAGGUCAGGAAGGCCGAGGUAUUACUAAAGAGGAGCAAGACCAAGGACUACUACAAGAUCCUAAACGUCGCGCGAGACUGCUCAGACCCGGAAAUCAAAAAAGCAUACCGACGAGAAAGUCUGAUUCACCACCCCGACAAGGGCGGAGACGAAGAAAAAUUCAAAAUACUCACCGAAGCAUAUACCGUUCUCUCUGAUCCACAGAGACGAAGGCGCUACGAUAUGGGUGUAGAUGAAGACGGCGAAUCAGCUGGCGGCGGAAUGGGCGGAAUGGGCGACCCGAUGAUGGGUAUGCAGAUGAACCUCGCCGAGAUGUUGGCCCAGAUGCAAGGCGGCGGACGGGGCGGGUUCGGUGGGUUCAGCGGGUUUGGAGGCGGCGGCGGGUUCCCAGGGGGCGGCGGUGGAGGGUUCCCGGGCGGGGACAUACGCAUGGGUUUGGAUUUUAGAUUCCCCAUUUUUUAUUCCGUGAUUUGGUUAAGUAAUAUGGCGACGACAGCUGCUCCUCUUGCAUCUCUUAAUUCGCUGGGCUCGAACACUCGAUCACCGUCUGCUGGACCAAGCAAGUAUCGGGGAGCCGUUGUAGAAGACUUACAACUCCCACCCGCGUUUGCUCUUUCUCGCAGCGAACAUGUUGUCAAGGCCAUCGAACUAGCGUACGAUCGUGACUUUUCGUACAUUCCAGUACUAGACUCGAGGAGAAAGCCCGUAGGAUACAUCAACGUUGCGGAUUUGAAAACCAAGUGGGAGGCAGGGAGCGCCAAUCCUUCGGAUUUAAUCUCGAAUUAUAUGACUAAAUUUGCACGUGGGACUGGAGUGGAGUACACUGUGAUUACGCCCGAGACGCCGUUGGAGGAGCUCGAGGCGUUUUUGGAGACUACGGAUUUUGCGAUCGUUACAGACUGGAAUCGCAAAUUUGUGUUGGGUGUGGCGACCAAGGAUGACUUGUCGAUGGCGGCUGAGCACUUUGUCGGCGAGUGGGCCGUAGUUCCGCCAGCACCACCGUCUCCCCCCGUAUCGCCUGGAAUCCACACCCCCUCGUCACCGAAUACUGUGCUCGUUCCCGUCUUCUCUCCCCCAACGCCGGCCCCUUCUCCCCGUCCAGACUCGCACAAACAACACCAAGCACCGAUCUCAUUCAACCGCGACGUCCUGCCGUACUUCUACCUCCUCUCUCCCUCCCAGCGGCGGGAAUUCGUCACGCAGCUUAUCCAAGCAUGCGACGUCGACCAGCUCGUGCACGCAAACGCCCUUAUUCAGCCGAGACUCAAGCGAGACUUUUUGCGCGAACUUCCGCUCGAGGUCUCGCUCUACGUGCUUAGUCUCAUAGGCGAUGCCAAGACACUCGCUAGGGCCGCUCAGGUCAGCCGUUUCUGGAAUGCGCUUGUUGCCGACGAGUGGACCUGGAAGGUCCUCUGCGACCAGGCCGGCUAUGGUAGUCCCAAGUCCGGUCCUGGUAUGGGUCCUGUGCCGAGGUAUGAUGAACUUGUGAGAGGGAUGAGGAGACUGUCGAUUACUACCACUGCCCCCGGAUCCGGCCCAUCGUCCGAUAUGCCUUGCUAUCCAUUCCCGGCUUCAUCAAUACCCAGACAGCUUACGCACCAGUAUCAUUACAAAUUGGCCUAUCUUACUGCUCGCAAUUGGCUAAAGGGCGGUCGGAUCCUUCGGGCGCACAAUUCUUCAGACGAUGGGGUCGUUACGUCUGUCGCGAUGGAUGACGAAUGGAUCGUUGUUGGUUUGGCAAACCACCGGAUCCACGUAUUCUCCUCCCGAACCGGUCGGCUCGUCCGAACACUUGUAGGGCAUACGCUUGGCGUGUGGACGCUCGGUCUUGUCAGUCGAGGUGGUGUUUUGAAAACGGCGGAAGGAGAGGAAGAACGAACGCCCGAGCAAGUUGCGUGUGAUGCCCAGGUCACGCCCGGUCGCUUUUGGGAGGGUGUUCGACAGAGAACACGGAGAGUCGAACAAACGCUCUUUGCGUUAUUAUGUAGCAACUGCCUGCAUGUCCUUAAAGGACAUACAUCCACCAUUCGAUGCCUUAAAGUCCUCGACUCACGCCCGAUCGCUGUCUCUGGUUCUCGAGAUACCACUGUUCGAGUCUGGGAUAUUGCGCGGGCAGGGAAGUUCAUGUUCUCCAGGGACAUACAGAUUCGGUCCGAUGCUUGGAGGUUGCAGGCAAAUUGGCCUUGUGGGAUGUUGAUUCCGGAGAAUGUUUACGAGUUCAGGGGCCAUUAUCAUGAAGUCUAUUCAGUUGCCUUUGAUGGCGAGUUGUUGGCCACUGGUUCUUUGGAUUCGCAUGUCCGGAUAUGGAGUGCUUCUACAGGAGAUUGUAUCGCCCUUUUGCAAGGACACACAUCCCUCGUGGGCCAAAUCCAACUGCUCGGCAACAUUCUCGUCACAGGCGGCUCAGACGGUCGAGUGAUCGUCUAUGACACUGCCACGCUCGAAACUGUUCAUAGGAUCAGUGCGCACGAUAACAGUGUCACUUGCUUACAGUUUGACGAACGGUAUAUGGUUAGCGGAGGGAGCGAUGGAUCGGUCAAGAUGUAUGACAUGAAGACUGGCCAGUUUGUACGUGAGAUGACGACUCCGUGCGAGGCGGUUUGGCGCGUCAGCUUCAGAGACGAUAAAUGUGUUAUGAUGUGUCGUCGGUCUGGUCGGACGGUGAUGGAAAUUUGGACGUUUAGGCCGACGGACGAGGAGAUGUGA